CCUCCCUCCCUCCCUCCCCCUCUCUCUCUCUCGGUCGGUUUUCCUGCCGGGCUGCUGCUUUGCGCGCUGCGGGGCCACACUGCGACCGCACCGAGGAGGACGAGGAGGAACCGCGGAGCGACCGGGGACGAGUCAGAGGCACAAUCAGGAGAAACAGAAGAGACAUCGCGCGGAUAAAGAGACGCACCUGAGCAGCGGCGACGCGUCCACCGCGCGUCCUCAUCUCUUCUGUCGGUUCAAACGAGUGGACACGACGAGGAGACGCGCCGCGGGAGAAUCUUCAGGAAUCUCGGACCCGAAACGACGAGCGACGCGGUGUCGGAAGCCCCCCCACCCCCCACCCCCCCCCGCACCAGGGCCGAUUCUCCGUUGUCUAGCAGCCAGCGCGGCGCGGCGACACCAUGAAGGACCGUACGGCGGAACUGCGAAGUGCUAAGGACAGUGAUGACGAUGAGGAGGUGGUGCAGGUCGACAGGGACCACUUCAUGGACGAGUUCUUUGAACAGGUUGAGGAGAUCAGAGGCUGCAUAGAGAAGCUGUCAGAGGACGUGGAGCAGGUGAAGAAGCAGCACAGUGCCAUCCUGGCUGCGCCAAACCCUGACGAGAAGACCAAGCAGGAGCUGGAGGACCUCACAGCUGACAUCAAGAAAACAGCCAAUAAAGUUCGUUCAAAAUUAAAAGCAAUCGAGCAGAGCAUCGAGCAGGAGGAGGGUCUCAACAGAUCAUCAGCGGACCUCAGGAUCCGCAAGACGCAGCACUCGACGCUGUCACGCAAGUUUGUGGAGGUGAUGACUGAGUACAACACCACGCAGUCCAAGUACCGCGACCGCUGCAAGGACCGUAUCCAGAGACAGCUGGAGAUCACCGGCAGAACCACCACCAACGAGGAGCUGGAGGACAUGUUGGAGAGUGGCAAGCUGGCCAUCUUCACCGAUGAUAUCAAGAUGGACUCUCAGAUGACGAAGCAGGCGCUGAACGAGAUCGAGACCCGACACACCGAGAUCAUCAAACUGGAAAACAGCAUCCGCGAGCUGCACGACAUGUUCGUGGACAUGGCCAUGCUGGUGGAGAGCCAGGGAGAGAUGAUUGACCGAAUUGAGUACAACGUGGAACACUCCGUCGACUACGUGGAGCGAGCCGUGUCCGACACCAAGAAGGCCGUCAAAUACCAGAGCCAGGCUCGCAAGAAGAAGAUCAUGAUCAUCAUCUGCUGCGUCAUCCUGGGCGUGGUCCUGGCGUCAACCAUCGGCGGCACGCUGGGCUUCUGAGACGCUCCGCCGCCCGCCACCGUGAUGACCGACACCGACCGACCGACCGUCCGACCGACAGCCAGCAGAGAAGAGAAAACACCAAUGACGACAACAACAACAACAACACAAAAACUUGAAACACAAAUGCAAGACCGAAAACCAAUUAGCUAUAGGAGGAUAUAACCGUCCAAUCACAGAUAAGAGGAAACACCACUGGGUUGGGUGGGGUUAAAAAAAAAAGACAAAAAAAACCACAUCCCAUUAUAACUGACUUAAAUACAUAACAUAUACAGAAGAGGCUACAACUCGACCUAUUUAUUACAGAUGUAAAUGUACUGAACAUGAAGCGACACAUGGGUUUGCGCUACCUGUAAAGAUUAUGAUCUAUAAUAUGGCAUUUACUUGUUUGUUUGUUUUGCCUUUUUUUCUUAUUUUUUAACAGUUUCUUUUGUUUUUCUCGAGUCUCCGAGGACGGUGACGCUGCCGGGCGGAGUCCUGCGGGACCGGACAUUCCAGAGCCCACCGUUCUUUUACCUUUUCCUUUAACAUUUACUUUCUGGUAGAGUUUCUGGAACAAGGACGUUUCUAGAACGUCACACAAGACGUUCUAAAAGAAACGCUCACCUCUAACAACGAAGGCUUCUCGAGAUCUAAAAGGUCAGAGAGCGCAGACGGGAACGGAGGAAGGUUCUGGAAUAAAGUCCCGCAGGACGAGCGCCCUCUGCUGUUGGUACGACCAACUUUGUCCCCUUGUUUCUGGGAGGGAGGGCCCGACUCCGACGCCUCUUUAGACCGUCUCUCAUUGGUCGCUCACUCCUGUCAUUCACCUCGUCAGCCAAUUAAAUUAGCUCAGACUGGCAGAGUCCGACCUGCCGCGCAACAUUUAUUGACCCAAAAGGAAACAGCAUGACAGCCGGUCGGUCGGGGCGAGGCGUCAUUGCAGCGUGGCAGGUUUCCACGGCAACGGUCACAUCUAUCCAACCAAAGAGCCCGGGGAGGGCGGGGCCUCUGGUCCUCCCGCUGAGGUCAACUGGCCGGUGGCAGGAAAUGUGAUAUUUGAUUGACAGGUGAAUGGUGGGAAAGACCAGGGGAAGGAGGAGGGUGGGAGGAGACGGACAGUUAAUCUAUGCAGUUUAGAUCAGGGGACUCGUCCCGCCUCCCCCACCCGAGGUGGCCAAUGAGGAUCCAGGGUUCACGUUACGCACCGAAAGACUCGAAUCUCGAGGCCGGGGGUCGUCUCCGAGCCGUCACGACUGUUCUUCCGGAAGAAUCUUAAAAAAUGAGGGACACAUUUAAAAAAUACAGAAGAAAAAAUAGAAUAUAACAUAAAAUAUAACUUUACAAACAAUCCAGACAACGAACCAGACGAAGAGAAGAUGCUGGCGUGCCCCGGUCACCUGAGUGUCGUGGUCCUGUCGUCGCUUUUGUUGUUUUUUAAAGGGGAACGUUUGUUGCCUCGUUGUUUCCGUGGUGCUGCUGUCUUAGUGCGUGCGUGACGUGUCCCGUGACGUAUCGGCCUCAUCAGUUAGCGGUUGUUGUUUAGUCCAUAUGGUUUGAUGCAUUCGCCUGUUUCCUCCCUGCAUCCCUCCACGUGUGUGUGUGUGUGUGUGUGUGUGUGUGUGUGUGUGUGAUGUUUAUCUCACAACAUUCGACUGCCUGAUUACACAGGUGCUACUGAACAGCAGAGGCUUCUCCUAUUGGUGGACUUCCUCGUGGAACAUGUGACUCACACAUUCACAUCACAUGACAACACCUCAUGAACACGUUUCCUGUUUCACACAGACACACUGCAAAUCCCCUGAACACACACACCUUUGACUUCCCCGUGUCACACACCAACGCUUGUGUUAGACUGUGUAGCUUAGCAUGCGGUUAGCGUUAGCUCGUGUUGUGUGUAGAUCGUGUAGAAGCUGCUCGUUGGAGACUCAUUGCAAGUUUUCUGGUCUUUUCUAUGUGAGAGAUUCUUUCCUGGUGUCCAGAGCCGUCGGGAGAGAAUAAAGAAACACGUUCAGUUUCAUUCUUGACCCUGAAAAUAAAGACAAAACAUAAUCUUAAAGUUCACUUCCGAGCUCUUUUACGGAUUGUUUUACUGCAUCUCGUGGUGGAAUUCAAUCUUCUGAUGGUGUUGGAGGUUCUGGUAAAAGACUCGUAAGAUGCUUUUUGUCCAGUUAUUUGAGUUACAGUUAACAGCAGUGAAGCAUUCGACACUGCAAACAUGUAGCAAUAUACCGAAAGCAAAUAACUCCCAGUCAAUCAGACUGUGUUAGCAUUAGCAGUUAGCAGUCAGCAGUUAGCGGUAUGUUUGCACAAGACGACCGGACUUCUCUACUUCUUCUUACACGAAUAAAGAGCAGCUCAUAAUCUCAUAUGAGUUAUCAGUGAGUAGCGUGUUCACCUGCUCCAGACUGAGACAACAUACAUGUGCGUUACAUUUCACGACUGUGUAUGUAGUAUGUGGAAGCAUGUUGUGUUGUGUUGCCGAUGACGUGGUCUUUGUUGAGACGUGACUCCGAUGUGUGUGUUGCCCCAAACUGAACCUGCGCGUUGUUGAGGAGGAAGAUCGUCCAGGUGAUGUGGAGGUUCACGCUUCUGUUGAGGCCUCGCAUGGACGAUCCUGCGCCGCUAGCAACGACCUCGACACCACGGGAAAGAUCAGGCAACACUGCGCUCGAAGCAAUAAAGUCAGUUUGUUAAAGUUCUGUUUCAUUCCACAGACAAAGUGUUUGCGAGCUCCGUCUAGAUUCUGCCCCGAGGUCGUUCGUAGCUGUGGAGUUGCGACGUGAGCAGUUGUUUCAUUAAAAUCCUUACAUUCACUGUCUGGAUGAAUGGAUGUGACUGACAUCACUCUCUCCAAACAACUGUGAUAGAAAAGAUCUGAUUCUUUGAUAGAAACGUCAAAGCGACUAUCGUUGUUGAAGGCUGCGCUCGGAAAAGAUGCUAGCAUGAUGUGGCGUUGGUAUCGUUAGCCAUGUCGUGAGCGAUGAGACGUUAGAUCACGCUAGCUCCUUUGUCUCAGCUAACAAUGUAGACACGAGCAGACGUGUGGAAUAUUCAAGUCCUGGUGGUUUGUGUCGUUUGCUGUAAUCUCCGCGAUGCUGUGUAUGAAUCCGCUCGGUGAAUAAAGGACGAGGGUUUGUAGGUUUGAGGUUCGAGAGAUUAGUGGAGGUGGAAUUUGAUUUCAUUCUUUUACUUCUCAAAACUAAAACUUGUCCCCCGAAGCAAAGAGCCCGACCCCUCGAAGCAGCAAAGUCCAAUAGAUGUUUGUUCAGAUUAAUUGUCAGUAGAUUUAGAAUAAUUUAGCACUUUUUCUCGGCUGUUGUGUUGUCAAUGUUCAUGGCUACUUUCUGUAUUUAUGAGUGGUUUUGCAUCGUUGGAGUGUAGUUCAACCAUUAUAUAUGUCCACUAAUAUCAAACCAUGUUCCGCUGUGAAUCAAACCUCCAGUACGCUCGUUUCUACUACAGUUCCCAAAUUUCAGACACGUGUUUGGGUAGUUGACAAAAAUCCAGAAAACUAAACUGAUCUGCCUGUUUUCAAAGUCAAUGCAUUUCACCUCCACCAAUCAUAGUGCUUUGUUCUUCACCUGCAUCGUCAAGUCAUCCACGCGGUUCUUCAUUCAGUUACAUGUUCUAGAUGGUCGAUGGUUAUUGAGGUGACGUCACGGUGGUCGCGGUGCCUGGUGAGGCCGUGGUGACGUGAGGACGAUGUCAUUACACCAGCCAGCUUGUCUACUCUUGACAUUUCUUUGCCGUAUGUGUGUUUUCUGUAAAGUUCCUGUUUCGGUGGCAGCCAUCCAUCAGGCCCGCCCCCGUCCGCCAGGGACAAACAUCACAAAAGCAUAACGGCACGGAGGUUCUGGUUAAUGAAACAACUCCGCCAAGGUUUGGAAGUUUGUCCAAGUAUGAGGUUCCCUGUCCUCUCGUCUUCCCUCUGCCCUUUUGUUUUGUAGUUGUUGGAUUUUACAAAAAGAGGAUGUUGAGGAUCGGGAGUCUGCCCCUUCCCGUCCCCAGCAGACCCCGCCCAUCCGGUUGUGUGUAAAAAUGAUAAUGAUAACAAUAAUAAUAAUAAUAAUAAUAAAAAAGGCAUGCAAAAGCGUUGUGGAGUUUGCAUGAUGGUGUUUUUUGUAUCCAGCCCCCAGCAGCCCUCCAUGUCCUGCACUUUACCGCUCAUCGGACCCGACUUUGGUUGGUUACUUCACUUGUUCCCACGUCGUCCACACCCUCAAUUAUUUGUAUUUAAUCUAAAGUUGAAAACAUGUUGGCGUCAACAUGUUUUCUGAAACAUAUUGUUGGAACAGUAGGUGUUUUGUUCAAGGAGUGAGUUGAUAUUCAAAUGUGAAAAGUUACACUUUUAAAAAAAUAUGCUGCCAUCGACCUCAGCCAUUCUGCUUUCCCCUGACGUUGACCUCCUGACCUCCGGCGGGGGUCACGCCCCACGUGCGGUGUUUUACUGGAGGAACUUUGAUUAUUGUGAUAAGUGUGAAAACCUCGACCUGUGGGCGAACCUGGCGUCGCCCCUCCACCUGGCCUUGUGUGUGUGCAGCAUGCCGCCCUUCCUCUUCAGUCAAACAAGAUCGGUGUAUAAGUGUGUGUGUGUGUGUGUGUGUGUGUGUGUCAGAGCAGCACAGGUUUGUUUCGAUGUGCGAAGCGUCCGAUCGCAGGUCCACGGGUUGCAGCCGUUUGACGAGGUCUGCUUUGAGAGAUCAGACAUAUUUACGCUAUGAUCACUGUUAUUGUUGUUAUAUUUAUUAGAAUUCAAACCAAAGCGUGUUUUGCUCUCCCCUCAUGUGUUCCCACAAUGUUUUCCCGCUAAUAUCAAAGAGCACAACACGAGUCAAGUUUACACUGAGAUCUACGUCAAAAAUGAAAAAAAUAUAUGAAAGUAUAAAAAUCCUACGGUGACUAUAGGAACAAAAGGCCAGCGCCCCCUACCUGCCACCAGCCCUCACCGCAUGUUGGUCUGAACCUUUCCACUAGUUAUCUCACGCCACAAAAACCACGUCUGGCCCCGCCCACCUCUCUUUCCAUGUGUAGACGUUAGUUUGUGGUCACAUGACACAAAAGAUUAGCAUACGUACGAGGCUCAUCCGGAGACAAAGGUGAUGCUUUUCUAAUUCUAGUUUUCAAUUUGCUGUUUAUCUUGUUAUGGUGUCAUAUUUUUGUGUACAGCUUGUUUCCAGUCUCUGCGUUCACACGACAGGAUCAAUACUCGCCUGCAGGUUUGAAGGUUUAUCUAGCUAGUCAGUCCACAACCAACCAAAACCUCCUCUCGGUCCAGAACAAUGGUGUUUGUGCAAAUGACAGUAAAUGUCAUGAGAUCGUUCGACGACGACGACAAAGCAGCGCUAGCUAACAACGCUUUGUUGAGACUGACUGUCACCACCGCUGCAUCUGUACCAAACAUCCCACAACACCAACAUGUUCAAUCCUUUAAUCCUCCAAACUUCAGCCCUGUGAGCUGAUGUGCUUUAGCGCCGGCUUCCAGCUCAUCAGCUGUUUUCUGUGAGGGGACAUUAUUUUGUCCGCGCUAAUCAGUAUUGAGUUCUCGGUCCAGGCAGCUACAUUAGCCGUUACCAGGAGCUUUUAGCCAAUUCUGGUAAAACAAUUAUGAUUAUUCUACAUCGACCUGCACAGCUCAUCUACGUCUUCGUCCUCCAUCCUUCCUACAACCUUCUGAUUGGCUCGGCUGGUUUGAAAUUAGCACCACCUGUAUGAUACAAUUGUGUUUCCAAAUUUACUGUCGCGCACAUGAAAUACAGAUGAUCUGUAGAUUGAUUGGGGUCACAUGACAUCAUCACAGAGAGUCCAGUGCGUGCUAGUUAGCUAGCUAGUGCCAAUCAACCUACUGUGAGCAUUUUCCUGCGCGUGAGAACGGACCGCAGCCUUGUCAACUGAAGUCACAUAUAUAGGCAAGAAUAUGUAUAUAAAUAUAUAUAUAUAUAUAUAUAUAUAUAUAUAUAUAUAUAUAUAUAUAUAUAUAUAUAUAUAUAUUACACCAACAAGCUGCAUUUCUAUGACUGUGUGGCUCCAUAGCCAUUACUGCUUCAGAGCGGGAACAGAGAGCAGGAAAAAAUCAUCCGGAGAGAGUUUGGUUGCAACACCAAGACUCCAAAGAUUGACCUACCGUUAGCUGUUAGCUGUUAGCUGUUAGCCAUUAGCCUGCGUGUGGAAGUACGAUGGCGUGUUGUCUCACACACUUAUUGCAGAUGGACUCGUGGUUCGUGUCGUGUUCGCGUCACUUCUUGCACAUGACACGUGUGAGACACAUCACAACCCGUAGUUUUUUCUGCAAAUAGUUUUUUGGGUUUGAAGCAGCAGCACAACAUCUGCCGACAGGUGUCGGUCUUCCAACCUCGUACACAACAGACGCCCGGUUCAAAGACUGGCGAGGAUUCACGUUAGUCGUGCUUCUUGUUCCUCCGCUGUCGGACUGUCAAACUCCUCUCCACGAUGAUUUUUGUCUUCCUGAAACUAUUUUCAAAAAACCAAAACCUGUUCAGCGCCCGGCUCUGGAUGACGACAACACGAGCACGUUUGUCUGUUGCGACUUCUUUCUGUAGCAGCUGCAACUUUAUAUUCACUGUUGUUUGUGACGAUGAUUUCUUUGAAGCUACGCCCACGUCCUUCUGCUCUCUCACCACACGAGGCAGUAUUUGGUUUGAUCAGUGUUUUUUUCCACUAGUGGGGGGGGGGGGGGGUCAGGGGAGGGGCCAUGGAGUUGGACCACACCCACAUGGUCUCUGCCAUAGCAAGUAGGAAAGACACUUAAAUAACAUUGUUAUUAUCAUUAUUAUUGUUAUUAUUAUUAUUAUUAUUAUUAUUAUUAUUAUUACCAUAAAUCAAAAUAAAAUGCAGUAAAACAUUUGCAAAAACCCAGAGGGAGAACGAACGGCUUCACACAAAGUGAUCAAACAAACAUAGAAACUUUCAAAAGGAGGUUGUGACGAUUCUAUAAUAGCAAUGAUCUACAGAAGAGGAGUUAUGUUAUCAUAAAUAAUAGUAGUAAUAUUGAAUAUUGAAUGCUCGCAAUUUUGUCAAACUGAAACUGGAUUCUUUGUGUUAUGUAAUUAUUGUAAAUAACUUCAAAGAGAAAAGAUGACUUGCAUGUCUAUGUAUAAAUCUACUGAGAUAUCUAUUCCCGUCAAAGUUGACCAGUAGUUCGAUCUCUGUCCUUUUACGCUUCUCCCCUCAAGCCCCGCCCCUCCGUCCUCCCGGCCCCGCCCCUCCCCCCUCCCUUGUCCUCUCCAAUCGGCCCAGACAUGAGAACAGAGAGAGAGACAAACAUGGCCGACCUGCUGCUCUGACGUGUUUCACUCGUCUCUUUGUUCCAGCAGGAUUUUUUCUCUUCGUGGUGUCGACACCACCCCAGUUCCAGAGGCUCCGCCCACUGGCUCCUCUGAUGAAAGUGCUUCCCUCCAUAUUAGGAAAAAUGUACCCCGCCUCCAGGGCUUUCCAGGCCACGCCCCCUGAUCACUUCAGAAGCCCUUUUAGCGGUUUCCCAACUCUCUCUCUCUCUGUUUGACUCGAUGUCUCUCGACCACAGCUAGCUUUAGCCCGUAGCUCCAACCCGUUUCCUUCACUGGACACUUAGCUCGGGCCAAUCAGAAGCCUGAUCAGGAGCGACACCGCUAACAUCAACGAGUCUUGUUACAGAGAAGUGUUACGGUAUCGUAAUGUUUAACGAUCUUGACGUUUUAAUAACACAAUAUUGUCCAUGGUCGUCAUGGUAACAGCUGGAACAAGCUUUGAUCACGUCAGUGUUUCUGCGUCAGGCAGAGGUUCCUCCACACGUCGUCGUUGGGUUCCUGCAGAACGCCUGAAGUUCAGUUUCUCAAAAGCAUCGAAGCGUCGAUCGGAGGUCAGAGGUCAGAGGUCGGAUCACGGUUGUUUCCUGGUCAACACGAUGUCAGAUCGAAGCUUCGAUGUGUUUGAGGGACGCGGUCGACCCACAGUCGCCCCCUGGUGCCGGGCCCCAGACUCUCGCCUCACACAGGCCAACCACAACAAAGCGUGCAAUAUACAGAGAAACAAGGGCUUUCCUUCUCGUGCAGAGGCGUUCAGGGCCCGGCCAAUGAGCUCAGGCCUCCUGCAGGAACUCUGCUGACAUCAUCGCACGCAUCACAGACGAGGGACCCAGAGGAGCAGGCGGGGCCGGCGGUGGGAGGGCGGGGCCGAGCUGGAGGUUACGGGAGGACAGGGCCGUCGCCAUGUAGACGCAACUUUGACCGGAAAUGCAACUUGUGUCCCGUUUUCUUUGUGUGUGUGUAUGUGUGUGCAUAGCGUAAUGUAAAAGCGAUCUGUCCCCCCCUCCCUCUUAGACCCGCCCCCUCAACCCUGCCCCCCCCUCUCUCGUACUGCUGUUGGCUGUUCUGUUAAGUUCAUGUGACGUGCCAGUAUCCCCCCUCCCCUUUACCCAUCUGCCCCCCCCACUCUUGCGCCCCCCCUUCAUGGAUCUUUAAGAUGACAACUCUAUGCAGAUGCUGUCUUUUAUAAGUGUGUCAAACUUUUAAUUUAAAAUAAAAACUGAAAAAAAAUCCCUGACAGACAUAUUGAAAUGAUGAUGACAAAAAAUGAAUAAAGAAAAGGAUUGUUAAGUGUAACUGUUGACAACAUAU